AUGCCACCCAAAGGCAACGGAGUUUCGGGCCCAGUUGCACAAAGCGUCCCUCCGACGGACAUGAGCGACCAGAUCGAAAGGAUGUGUCGUCUAUUGGAGGCAAGCCAGCAGCGGUCCGACGAGGCAAUCAAGACAUUAACCGAAGCCCAAGCUAGGCUCGAAGCAGAGAUUGCUGAGCUGCGCAGGUCCGCUGACACAACUCGCAACACCCAAGCCCACGAGAAUCUUGAUUCUAACAGAUCUGACGUUCUAGUCGACCGUGUUACUUCCUUACCUCACAACAUGAACCCGGGUAACGGCCAAUCACAAGCCAUCCCCCCAUCCUCUGGGACCGACGGGCGACAAGCCCCAACCUCUGGCACGCAAGGGCGGGCCAAAGCAGAACCCACUGGACCCACUCAGCCAACAACCGACGUCCGGCCUCCACACACCGUACCUCAAGUCGCACACGGUUCUCCCUCUGAAGGUCGCGUUCCCUCGAUCUGUUUCUUGGACAGUUGGAAAGAAGACAUGAUGAGGGAAAUGAUGCAGAAGUUCUCAGAUGGGCGAGCCGCCUACGCCACCGAACAUUUGGAUCUUGUAUCAAGAACCACUGAAAAAUCGCCUUUCUCGGAAUGGAUUCUGAAUGAGCCAAAGCCUCGGGACUUCAUCAUCCCUUCCCUGCCUGCAUUCAAUGGAAAGGGAGACCCGCUAAACCACCUAUUUCAAUUUCAACAAAAGAUGGCGUUAGAAGCUAAUAACGAAGCCAUACAAUGCAAAGUCUUUUCAACAACUUUCUCCGGGCCGGCUCUAUUAUGGUUCCGACAAUUAAAGGCCGGAUCACUCAACAGUUUUAGUGAUCUCCGACGGUCCUUCUUACAGCAGUACAGCGCGAACCGAGAGGCUCCCAGAACAAUGGCCGAUCUCUAUCGAAUUGAACAAGGGGAGAAUGAACAUCCAAAGGCAUACUUACAACGUUUCAUUGACCUCGUGCAUCAAAUCCACGACGUCGACCCACUCACCGCAGCAAAUCUCUUCGUCAAAAGCUUGCAGGUGGGGUCACUCUUGCAUGAGAAUCUCACUAUGACACCACCAUACGACAUGGCAGACGUGCAGACCCGAGCCGAGGGCGUCUUCAGGGUAUUAGAAUUUCGAGAGCGCGCACAGAAGAAGACUGCACUCAUCUCUGCUCCCCCAGCGAAUAAUCCUCCACCACCUGCCAGGGAUGACAAGAGGAAGCGGAACCAAACAGAUCAUACGAAGGAAGGAAAAAGGCCAAGACAGGAUCGACAGCCAUCGCGGUACCCAUCCUUCGAAUACACCGUCCCGCAAGAAGUCAUUUAUGAAGAAAAUAAAGAUAGGCCUAUCUGGCGAGAGCCCUACAAAAUUAACACUCCAUCUGACAGAAGGGAUAAAAGCAGAUACUGUCUCUUCCACAAAGAUCACGGUCAUACGAUCGCUGAAUGCCACAAUCUGAACGAUCAGAUCCAAGCCCUCAUGAGGAGUGGGCAGCUUACCCAAUACAUCAAGGAGACAGGCAGACCAGGCGCCUCGCGGCAGAACACAGCUUCUGCCCCCACUCCGCAGGCGUCAGACCCCGUACACGCAGCCUCUGACAGCACCCUGGAGCCUCUUAAACAAGUCCCUAUGAUCCACGGGAUCGUAUAA